AUGGCCCACUACGGUGCCAGUAUUGCUACUCAGUCAGCUGAGGAACCUCAUUUCGACGAUAGCAAGGACCCCGCGAGGUUGGCGUAUCGGGCAUUGAUCAACAAUACAAGAACGCUUGAGUUUACGAGUUUUGCAAGUAACCAGCGCCAACAAGAAGGUGCUUUUCCCGAGAAAGGACGAGCAGCAGCACUCCACUUUCUGAACGACGGAAAUGUUUGUAUAACUCCAUUUUGCUCCUCAUCGGCUUUGCAACAAUACCUGGAUGCUGAACCGAACAACAGCCUCCCUCAAGGUACAAUAUCGUCUGGUGUGUACCAGCCUCUUCGUCGUAUGAUAAUUCUGGAAGACCUUCCAAGAAAUUAUGUAGAGAUAUUGGGAAGCCGGUUAAAAAUCCACCCGCGAUUUUUCGCGGCUCACUACUCGUGCCCAAUAAAAACCGGAUCGGCAGGUAAAGGACUCAUUUUAGGCCAGCCUUCUAGAGGUUACUUUGUACUGCAAUCUCCUCAGAUGCAUUACAUGACAGUCAAAGACCAGAAACUCGACGGUGGUGGCCUACUGUAUCGAGCAAACUCUCACGUUAGACGAUAUAUUCUGAAAGGCGUCAAAGAUAAUGAUACAGAUCUAUCUGGCUGCUUUGGAGAAAUGUGGAACGUCAUUUCGUUUUGGAGCAAGGAGUAUAGAAAUGGGGACUGGACAGCCGUGGUAAUUGUUGAUCCUCCCCUAGGGGAUGAAAUUCGUCAUGGUGACAAGCGUGAGCAACGCCAAAUCAACAUAGCUGAGGGCGACCCAGCCACAGGCUUCGGCAUGCAAUACCCGAGCUUAACAGCUAAUAAGGAUCUAUCGGAAGAUAUAGACACCUGGCAUAUUCCCAAACGAUCACCUAGCAUGCGGUCCAUAUAUGAGGAAACAUUAUACGCAUAUUCUAAGGGCCACCACCCAGUGACGGAUGAUCCGACAAGCUGUACCUCUAUCAUACGGCGUCUCACGCUAUCUUUCUGGAUUGGUUAUGUAGACAGAAUGCGGUAUAUCCUCAACAAUCAUCAUAAGCAGGUCAAUGGCGACGAAGGAAGUGUCCUCUGGCAAACAUGGCUUUUCCAGGAUCUCGUUCAGUUGAAAGCCGAUCUGGAAUACGUUUUGAUAUUUCUGCUGCGAAAUUUGAAAGUACUUGAAGUCCGACCUGGCGGAGGGGGAAGAUCUAGCAUAGUCGAUGACUGGGAAACAGAUGAGUGGAAUCUUGUGGAAGCUCGGUUCACGACUGUAUUUCUACGUCUCGGAUUCAUCGCUAGCGUGUUCUCUAUCGGUGGGGAUUAUGCUGUUGGCGAGCCGAAGUUUUGGUUGUUCUUUGCCAUAACGACCCCGAUUGGGAUUCUCAUCACCUUUCUACUAUUCACGAAUAUUGGCCCAGAAACGAAGAGCAAAAUCGGUCCGAAAGUUAAGUCGCUGCAGGAGACGCUUAGGAUUCGUCGCUCACCUGCCGAAGGUAUCUGA